AUUCACGUUCCCGAGAGCAUCGGCGGUACAGCGGUGCAAUGUAAUCUGUGUGUGUGUGUGUGUGUGUUCUUCAGUUUUGAUUUUAGAGAGUUUCUCGUGAAUUAUUAACGUGACAAAAGACAGGAAAUGCACACGAUGCAUAAGUCGUACAAAACGAUCGACGUAUUAACGUCGAGUGACGUUAAAAAUUCGACGAUUUGUCAGGGAUCACUGAAAGCUAGACUUUAUUACUUCUCGAAAAAGCUCCUCCUACUGAUACAGAGACAGAUCACGGUGAUAGAGUCGAUCGCGGCGUUGGCGACGGUUUGCAUCUUCACAUUGUUAAUACUGGCGAACUUAGCGCAAUCCUCGCACAACGCAGCGGAGAGGACAAACAUAGAGCCGGCCGCAUCGCUGAGGUAUGCAUCGCCGAAAUACGCGACUGUUGCGCGACGUGCCGUCGCGUCUGGAAUAAUGCCGCGAGCCCCGAUGUCGCGCGGCCAGAUGGAGGAUGUCAGGCGUGAGUUGGACAGGAGGAGGCGGUGGGUGGCACGCGUGUGUGAGACGAUCGACACGAAGAGAGCGCGCCCGGACGCCAGUCUGACGAGCAUGAUCGUCGACACGGAGCACAACGUGUCGUGGUGUCCCAUAUACAAGGCGGCGAGUUCCACGUGGAUGAAUUACUUCGCCGUUCUAAAGGGCACUCUGACCGACGCUACUGUAGACUUGGUACGUCGCAAUCUUACGCAGGUCAGCGAUAUCGUGCGGCAAAAGUUUCAGCAGGAAGCGGAUUCUAGUAAGAUCUACGAGAAGGUGAGCCGAACGAAGAAGUUCCUGAUUGUGCGACAUCCGCUGGAGCGUCUCCUGUCCGCGUACAGGGACAAGCUGGAGCACAUGCGGGACCGCGAGUAUUACUACAAACGCUUCGGCCGGCGCAUCGUGCUCAAGUACCGUCGAGCGUCGAGUGACGCGACUGCGGGGCGGCUGGAGCCGACGUUCGCCGAGUUUCUGCGAUUCAUAGUCAGCGAGAGGUACUUCGACGAGCACUGGGCGCCGUAUUACAGCACCUGCGAGCCCUGCGCGGUCCGCUACGACUACAUUCUCAAGUUCGAAACCCUGGACAGGGAUCAGAGCUUCCUCAUCCAGGACGCCAAGCUCGGCGGGUACCUGUACGAGCGGGAUUAUCCGCGUAACGUCAAUCCGCUUGGCGCGACCACCCGGGAGACACUCGACCAAUACGUGAGAGGGAUAUCGCGAUCGCUUCUCGACGAGGUCUACAAGAUUUACGAGAACGAUUAUAAACUGUUCAACUAUUCGUCCGUUUAAUAUAUUAUCGGCGUCUCCGUCUCGAUCAUACCAUUUAUACAGGCAGCUCUCAUAGAUUUUCUGUAUUAUGUAAUUGACAUAUACAAAAACACGUUAAAACUUCACGAAGACCUCGCUUUAAAUGUGAUAUAACGUAAGAACUUUUUAAAUAUCUUUUUUUUUUUCAUAUUUUCUUAGAGAAAAUAUUUUGUUUCUCAAAAUAUGUGUAAUUGAAAAAUACAUAUGUACUUAUAUUCUUUUUCUUGGACUUUGAGUUUCUUGGAAUUGCAUUGUACUUUGAUAUUUACAUUCAAAUAUACACACUUAUACACAUCGUUGUAUACCUCAUACAUAUAAAAUAUAAAAUAACAUUCACGAA